AUGUUUUAUUUAGCAGCAGCAAUAUUGGGUGACGUACGUGAACGGUUGAAAAAUAGCGAUUUAUCAUUAUUUGGUAAUAUUGAUGAAAUUUUGUCGACAAUACCUGAUAAUUUGGAUGCACAUAUGAAAGCAGUGAUAGAAUUAAAUAAUAGCGUUGAUGAUAAGGAUGCCUUAUUGAAAUGUUUAAAAUGUCCUGAUACAAAUAUUUCAUAUGUAAAUGAUAUAUUUGCUGAUCGAUAUCAAGUUAAGCUUCGAAGUCGAAAGAAAACUUUACGUACAAAUGAAUUUUUGAAUCGUGAACAAAUUCAAUCAAUAAUCAUCGAAACUAAUCGUAUAUUUAUAAAAUAUUGA